AGGCUAAUUCCGCUCAGCUUUGUAACAUACGAUUUUAUUUAUUCUAAAAAAAAAAAGGAUAUGAUUUUAUUUUUAUUUUUUAUUUUUCGCCUAUUUCUCACUUUGUGAGUAUGAUUAAUCUGUUUUGUGAGUAAGACCACGUUUAUAUAUAGUGAGUUGAAUUCAAUCUUAACUUAAUGGUGUUUUUUCUCUCUCUUUUUUCUACUUUGCAUUUGUAUCUAGUUUUUCUGUGAUCCGAUGCUUUUUGCAAUAAAUGAAACCAGCGGAUUCCAGCAAUUUGAUUGUGCUCUUCAUUAUGCUGUGAUGAAUUUUCUUCCUUCUGGAAGACUGAGUCUGAGUAUCUUGCUCUAUACCGUGCUUACUGGUUAAAGAUUUUAUACUUGGUUAGCUGGUUCAAAGUAAUCCUUGAACUUAAGGAUUUCUGAUUGGGAUUUCACAAAUUCUGUUCUUUCAUCGAUACUUCUGAGGCAUGGAGACUAUUGCUGAUGCUCCAAACAAGGAAGUAAAAGGGAGCUCACCCCCAGAUAAGAAGCUCACUGUGGUUUUUGUUCUAGGUGGCCCUGGCAGUGGUAAGGGCACUCAAUGUGCAAAUAUUGUUCAACAUUUUGGUUAUACUCACCUUAGUGCUGGUGAUCUUCUCCGAGCAGAGCAAAAUUCUGGUUCUGAAAAUGGGGCAAUGAUUAAGAACAUGAUUAAGGAUGGGCAAAUUGUACCCUCAGAGGUAACAAUUAAGCUUCUCCAGCGGGCAAUGGAGGAAAGUGGAAAUGACAAAUUUCUUAUUGAUGGUUUUCCUCGUAAUGAGGAGAAUCGUGCAGCAUUUGAGUCUGUUACUGGAAUUGAGCCCGACUUCGUACUUUUCUUUGAUUGUCCAGAGGAGGAAAUGGAGAAGCGCGUGCUGAAUAGAAAUCAGGGUAGAGAUGAUGAUAAUAUUGUGUCAAUAAGGAAGAGAUUUAAGGUGUAUAUAAAUUCUAGCCUCCCAGUGAUUGAAUACUACAAUUCCAAAGGCAAGGUUCGAAAGAUUGAUGCUUCCAAACCAGUUGAAGAAGUUUUCGAGGCAGUCAAAGAAGUUUUCACCUCCCUGGAUGAAAAGGUAAGACAGCACCGUGAUAUUUUUGGGAGAUGUAUAAGGAGAAAGAAAUUUAGAAAUGGUGCAACAAAAUGCAGUUGGAUGAGAUGCAUAUUGCCUUCAUGAACUUAGGGCUAGCGUAUUUUGUGUAGCAGAAUAAUAUGUAUAGAUUUAAUGAAAUAUCUAAUGGAGCUUUUGUUUGAAUAUGUUUUACGGAUUUGUGUUACUUGUUAACGGAGAAAAAGAAAAAGAAACAAAAGUCAAGCAA